AUGGUAUCGGGAAAGGGUGUGUAUUCGAUGGAGGGAGCGGUCCUGCUGUCAGAGGCGCCCCUCGGUACGGGUAUAGUGGUGGUGGAGAGUGUGUACUCAAUGGAUGGAUCCAUGGCUCCGCUCAGUGCUGUCUGCGAUGUGGUUGAUGAGUUCAAGGGCAAUCUCAUAGUGGACGAGGCACACACGCUAGGUUUAUAUGGAGACACUGGUGUCGGCCUUGUCGAUUCGUUGAAUUUGCGACACCGUGUGUUCGCGACAGUCCAUCCCUUCGGAAAGGCACUCGGAUUUCAUGGAGCCGUGAUAGUCGGGAGCAAUCUAUUAAUGGAAUACCUACACAAUUACUCGCGCUCCUUCAUCUAUACCACGGCAUUGCCGAACACUUCACUCGUAGCAAUCCGUCUGUUAUGGGACGAGAUGAUUACCGCCAAACCCCAACGACAGAAAGUAGCCGAUCUCAUCAAUCUAUUUGGCGCUGAGGCACACGCAGCCGCUCAGCGCACUCCGAAUUUCGACUAUAUACCGAGCAACAGCCCUAUACAGGCUCUUGUCGUUGGAUCUAAUCACAAAGCCAUCUCUGCCGCAGCCUACCUCAAGCGCCGUGGAAUCAUGACAUUUCCUAUUCGCAGCCCGACGGUAGCCAAAGGCACCGAGCGAUUGCGAGUGGUACUGCACGCACACAACACCGAGGAAGAGGUCAAGGCCCUAAUUAGUGCAUAUGAGGCGUUUCUGAUAGAAUCAGCAACGUAGCAUGUGUGCUCUUUAUCUCGCCAGACAACUAAGUGGUGUGCUCAGAAUUUGUUCUAUGCGGUAGUGACAAUCGUCUACGAUAACUUCAGCUAGCCAUUUCCCGCGGCGGGUUUCUCGGAUUUGCAAAGUCUUUGAUAUGAGAUAAUUGGAAGUCAUAAUGGCUGAAUUCAGAAGUCAAUUCAGUGGACACCCUGUAUUCCGCAGGGCAAAGCAGUGUGAGAACUCCGAGCAUCGUACCACUCUGGAAGCGAAUCGGGAAUCAAGUACUCAUGGUUCUCAAUCACUUAACGCUUAUUUAUUUGAUAGAAGCUUCUGGAUUACGCUAGAUGUGCAAUUGUAUUGCUAUAAAUUGUAUGUCAACCGAUAAAUAAAACCCGUUCGGAAGACUACUUGAAUGAGUGUCUUUAAUUUUUCUGUUGCAUAUGAAAUGGAGCUGGCAGUACUUAGUGAGUAACUUGCAG